AACACGACAAAGGACUGCAGAAUUCCCAGCUAGGCAGGCUGGUUCCCCAGCUGAGCUCACACGGUCUUGCUGUUUUCUCCUAGAUCCUGUAAACCCUUUCGGUGCGAAAAAGGAAUUUGCGAUGGGAGGGACGCUGAAUACUCAGUGUAAAAGCUGCCUUUUUCCCCCCUGUGGUGACUCGCCUUGUCUGCCCUUUCCACUCAUCGCGGAUGGGGCUUUUGCCUUGGUAUUUGUCCCUUUCUCCAGAUGGCUUCUUUUGGGUGGAAGAGAAAGAUUGGUGAGAAAGUUUCAAGAGCCACUUCUCAGCAAUUUGAAGCAGAAGCUGCGGAUGAGAAGGAUCUGGCUGGCGAUGAUGAUACUAACUGGGUGCAUGCAACUAAGAGAAGAAAGGAAAUUCUCUUAGAAGACUGUGUAAAGAAAAGUAAGGAGCUCAAGGAUGAAGGUGCAGACUUGGCUGAAAAUAGGAGGUACCGAGAGGCUAUUCUCAAGUGGGAUGAAGCACUUCAAUUAACUCCAGAGGAUGCUACACUUUAUGAGAUGAAAUCACAGGUCCUGAUGUCUUUACAUGAAGUGUUCCCAGCAGUGCAUGCAGCAGAAAUGGCUGUCCAGAGAAACCCACGUUCCUGGGAUGCCUGGCAGACUUUGGGACGUGCCCAGCUUGGAUUAGGAGAGAUAGCACUGGCAAUCCGAAGUUUCCAGAUAUCCUUACACAUCUUUCCAAUGAACCCUGAAGUAUGGAAAGAGGACCUUUCCUGGGCCAGAAAACUACAUGAACAGCAGAAGGCAACAAAGACUGAGUCAGUGCAAGCACUAGUGAAAGAAAAGGAGCUUGCACAAGAACCAAUCCCUGACUAUGACUUUGAAAGUGAUGAAAUUGUGGCAGUAUGUGCUGCCAUCGCAGAGAAGGAGAAAGCUCUUUCAGCAGCUAAAACGGCAGUGAUUGUAUCUGCUUCAGGUACAGUAGAGACUGUUACUGAGAAGGACAAUUGUCCCACAACUCCUGAUGAAACCCUCUUCAUCAGAGCCCGAUAGGGCAGCCUUAUGGGUUGCCAUCCUGUUUUAAGAACUAGUGUUAUUUAUUGUAUUUGUCUUGCUUUGUGUUUGUUUGUUUUCUUUUAGUGGUAGGAGAACCUACAAAAGUUAAAGAAUUGAAGUUAGUUUUCUUUUGUAAAUUAAAAAAUCAAUGACCCGAGUUGUUGCUCCACCCAUGUUUUUGGAGAAGAAAACCAAGAGCUGAUUCUGAAAAUCUUGUGAACAAAUGUAAUCUUAAAAUGCUUAAGUGUGUUCUAACAGCUGCUUUCAUCUUGAUGUAUUUCAUAAUUUUACAAGUGGAUGUCUACAUUUUUCCAGUAAUUCGGAAGCUUUUAUUUAAACUGUGAAAGUGUUGUGGUUUAUCCCCAGCUGGCAGCUCAGCCCCAUGCAGCCACUUGCCCACUCCCUCCUGGUGGAAUGGGGGAGAGAAUUGUAAGAGUGAAAGGGAGAAAGCUUGUGGGCUGACACACAGUUUAAUAGGGAAAGCCAAAGCUGCCCAUAAAAGCAAAGCAAAACAAGGGAUUCAUCCACUGCUUCCCAAGGGCAGGCAAGUAGUCAGCCAUCCCCAGGAAAGCAGGGCUCCAUCAUGUGUAACAAACAUUGGGAAGACAAACAGCAUCACUCUGAAUGUCCUCCCUUCCCCUACCACUGUCUUCCUCCAGUUCUGUGUGUUGAGCAUGGUGACAUUUGGGAUGGAAUAUCUCUGGGGUCAGUUGGGGUCAGCUGUUCUGGCUAUGUCCCCUCCCAGCUUCUUGUGCACCCCCAGCAUCCUUGCUGGUUGAGUGGGUUGAGCAGGAAGAGAUGUCGACACUGUGUGAGCACUGAUAAUGGAAAAGGCCCUGUGUUAUCAACACUGUUUCCAGCUCAAAUCCAAACCACAGCUCCAUACUAGCCACUGUGAAGAAAAUUAACUCCAUCCCAGCCAAAACAUGCACAAAAAGAAAAAGGAAUUUUUAAAAAUUACUUCAAUCAUUAUUAAUUAACAUUAUUUAUCUUCCAGUCUAAGUUUGAACUGUUAUCAGCAGUCUUUAUUCGCAUUAAGAUUACUUUUUCUUUGAGAUAGUUUCGUAUGAAGCAGAGAUGGAUUAUUAUUUUGCAUGUGUGUGUAUGUGUGACAGAUUUGGUUUCUGAUUUGUAGUCUUAUGAAAUCAAGUAGGAACCUCUAUGUUGCUUUCAUAGGUGAAUGGGUUAAACACUGAUUAGAUUAAAGGAAAUCUAUAGCAAACAAACCCCUGAAUGCUUACUUAUUACUAAAUGUUUCACCAGAAGAAAGAACAUUAAGUUUGAGACUGAAACUGGCCUUCCCUUAUCUUGAGUGCUGUGCUGCAGACCUCACCGAAAGUAAAAUGGUGGGAGUAGGAAGUAGGUAUGGCUGAGGGGUAUUGUGUUUAGCCUUUUCUUUCCUAGUGAGGCUAAUCUGAUAAAGGGAGUAAAUUUAUUUUUCCUAAUUCCUGUGACCUGCCACUAAAAUAUGUUCUUAGUGAACCAGUUUUUCAGGACAGCAUUACUUUUCAUCCUUUUUGGAUUUUGGAUGCUAUGGUGGGCAUUCACAUGGUGUUAAUGUAGAGGCAUACUGUAGGAGAUUUUUUCAGUGUUGAUCCUUCUUUAGGGGAAGGUGGCAAUUGGUUCCUCACACAGGCAGUUCAGAGAAAGUAAGUCAGGCUGUUGCUUUGAUGUGCUCUGUGCUGAGAUUACUCUCAUUUCAUUGUCUUGGAGACAUGGCAGAGAUGGUUGCAUCCUAACUGUACUGGAAAAAAUGGUCAACUGAGGAAUUCCUGAAUAAUUCAAGAUUGGGAACAUGUCAUUUUUACUUGAUUUAGAUAACAUUUUGUUUGAUGACAUUUGAAAAAUAAUUUUGUAGACGAGUGAAACCUUUUGAAAUCAGUUCAACUUUGCCUUUUUCAAGUCUGAUUUCUAAUUUUAAAAUAACCUGUUUUAAAAGAAAAUAAUGUUGCUCGAGAAGCACAGUAGUUUUUGCAAUAGAAAAUGUAUUGCAGAAAAAUUAUCUCAAAUCAUACUUUAGUAUAUCUGAUAUCAGAGUAUUUUUAUUUAAGAGGACACUUACAAUGUUUGCAAAAAUUAGUUAUCCCUUUCAAAAACUUAAUUGCCAUAUAUUGUACUUACUAAGUUUUCAUUAAUUUUUGGAAAAUUCUUCCUGAAUAAUAUGGUUUUUUGUAUGUGUGAAUUUUUAGAUCUGUGCUUGUCACAGUCGUUGAGAAAAGGAAGACGCGACAGCCAGGGGGUUCACACAGAGUGGUAGCUCAAAGCUAUUGCAACUUUAUUCUAGGGCGCUAGCUCUAUUUGUAGGGUCACAUGGGAAGAUUCUAGAAAUUGGGGAGGAGCAUAGGACAGGCAGGAACAACAACCAAUCCUGAGAGGAAGGAGGGACCAGAGGAUUAGUGGGGGCCAAUGAGGGGAGUAUCUGCAAUGCAGCAACUCACAACCAAUCAAAAAAUAGGGGAUAAAACGUGAGGGGAAAAUAACAAUACCAUUUGGUAUAAACUGGGUAUAAUAAAUAUUUAACUUGUAUUAACAACUUGAAUCAGUCUCUAUUAAGUCAACAGUCUCUGUCUUCACAAAUCCAUGGUGGGUAUCUUCAAAGCAUGUCCUCCUCGGCUGCUGCCUCAGCCAUAACCUCCUGCAUCUGCUUCUUCCAUUUCAUAAAUUUCUCUCUCUCUCCAUCCAUGCCCUCUGCAUGUGCUUGCACAAGCACACACAAAGUUACAUUUCUUAAUAUCUUCCGAGUAUUCAAAAUAAUUACAAUUACAUUGACUGAAAUUUUUUAAGAAAUGUAAAAUGUCAUCCUACAUUUUUAUUUGUUCAUUCAACAGAAAUAGAUUUUAAAUGCUUAUUGAGUAGGCAUUUGAUUAAGAUAUGGUUUGACAGUUUAAAUUGUUACAGGUGAAGGAUUUUUUAAUCUUAUUUCUCUUAUCAACAUAAAUUAUACAUACAAUCUAGUCAGUCAUGAGAAGAGUUAGCAUGAGAAGGAUUUGGACAGAUUUCUUUGAAGACAAGACGUUCUCUGGCUAGAAAAGGAAAUCUGUGAGAUACUCUAGGGCGUGUUUUCAUUUUGAAGGAGCUUAGCUAUAUCCACCACAUCUUUUCUUUCUCUGCGCUUUAAACUUGCAUCAGUGUUCUGUAUUUACUCAUAAAGGAAGGAGUUUCCCUCCUCUCAGAGGCCCAUGUUACCACAGAAUCUGUUUCCACUGAAAUGAUCCACAAAGUUGCUAUUGACUUCAGCACUGCAGGGGCAAACUAAUAGAGGGCUGUGCAUCUACACCAUCAGGCAGAACGGCUACACCGGGUUCUAGGGGUGGUUCUUUCCAUCCUCUGCACCAAUGUGUGUUUUCCUUCUUGAUAAGAUUAGGUUAUGAAUACUAGGUAUUGUCAGAAUUGUGGUGUUUUGUGGAGCACUGUAGAGCAGAUAAGUUCUCGUGGCACUGUUAUUCUCAAACUGGGAAGAAGUUUAAAAAUGUAUGAUUUUAACAUUGUUUUUUGUACAGUAUGCUAUGUUUUGCAUGUAUGGAACUUUCUGGAUCUGUUUGACUAAAAUACUGACUUCUCUGCUA